AUGAUUUAAAUGGAUAUCAAUCAUAAAAAGUUGUAUAAAUAUCCUACUUUAUCAGCAAAACAAAGAUUUCUAUUAACAAAAUUAAUCUCUUAAUAAGAUCAAUAAAGUGCUUUAUCCAUAAUAAAAGAUUUGAUUGGUUAAAAUGAAAAAUAGUUGAGAGGUUUAUAUACGGCAAUUUCUUGGUUAGAUAAAAAUUAUAGAGAUAUAUUCUUUUAGAAUACACUUCCAAAGAUGGCUUAAUAUUCUUUAGAUAUAUUAGAGCUUUCUCCAAAAAAACAUUUAUUAGUUUCUGAAGGUCACAUUGAAUUCACAAGAAAAGAAAUUUAUCAAUUUUUAUCAUUAGCUUUUUUUGGAUUAUUAGAAAAGUAAGAUGAUCAAUUUCCAAAUACUUACAAUUUAACAUAUAUUCUAUAAAUGGAAGCAGAAAAAUCUAAAUGUUACCUUUAUUACUUUAUAAUUGCAAAUCCAGAUUUAGAAAAUGAGAUUGUUUAACUUGAAAGGAUAACUUUCAAUAUGAACUAUCAUAUUCAUCAAUUUUUUCCAAAUCCUUAAGCUAAUUUUCUGGAAGAUGUAAAAUUGUGGUCAAAUUGUGAAAAAAGUCUUUAAAUAAUUGAUUUUGUUGAUCAAAAAAUAGAAGAAUAAUAAAAUAGUAUACUUGUAGAUUUUGCAAAUAAAUAUAUAGGAGGAGGUGUUUUAAAAAGUGGAUGUGUUUAAGAAGAAAUUUUAUUUACUAUAAUGCCAGAAAAUAUAAUAGCAGUGUUGUUUUGUAAAGUUUUAGACUACAAUGAAGUUGUGAUAGUGAAAAAUACUAUUAGAUAUUGUGAUUAUGAUGGAUAUGGAAAUACAUUCCACUUUGUUUAUAGAUAACCUAAAAAUUUAAAUCAGAAUAUUCUAGCUAUGGAUGCUUAAAAUUAUAAAAAUAACCCUGUAAAACAAUAUUAAUAAAAUGAAAUUAUACGUGAAUUAAAUAAAGCUUUUAUUGGAUUUUCAUUAUCUUAAUUUUCUAAGGAAGAGGAAUUCUUAUAACCUAUAUCAACUGGGAAAUGGGGAUGUGGAGUAUUUCAAGGAAAUACAUAAUUAAAAACUAUCAUUCAAUUAAUUGCCUUUAGUGCUUCAAGGAAAUAUGAGAAUUAAUAAAGAAGAAUGAUAUUUUCAACAUUUAAAGAUAAAUAAUUAUAAUUUAUUAAGAGAGAUGUAGAUAAUAUAAUUGGAAAAUACAAAACUGUGGGUAAACUAUUCUAAUAAUUAAUGAAAAUUAAUACUAAAUAAGGAGUGUUUGAUUUUCUAUUAGAUAAGAAAUGA